UUCAUUGGGUGCAAAAUGAGGACUGAAGCUGUUUUGUUAACUUUGUUGAUCUAUUUCUUAUUGGCAGCAUUUUCAUUGGCUAGUAAAAAAAAUGGUUUACCACGUGAUGAUUGUAACAUGAUAAUGUGGAGAAUAGGAGCAAUUAUUGAUCCAACAAGAAGAGUAGGCAAAGAGCAAAAGGUGGCUAUGGAAAUAGCAGUUGAUGACUUCAAUGGCCAAUAUUCCAAAUGUUCACAGUUAGUUUUCAACUUUGCUUAUUCCCAUAAUCCUGCAACUUCCCUUGCAACUUAUCUUGCCGACAAGAAGCAGGUACAUGCCAUCCUUGGACCAUUGACACGCCAAGAAGCUGCUUUAUUUUCGGACUUUGAUGAUGAAGCCUACAAGGGCAUCCCCAUUAUUUCUCUAAAUCCAGCUUCCACCUAUUCGACUGUAUUACUCACGGGACCACCUUCACUUAUACAAAUGAGUAAUGAUGUUAACUCCCAAAUGCAAUGCUUUGCUGCCUUAAUUGGCUAUUUCAAGUGGAGAAAGGUGAUAGCUUUAUAUGAAAUUAGUAACAGGUUCUCCAAUAUGGAUUCUGGAUUGAUCACUCACCUCUCAGACUCUCUCAAAGUUGUUGACUCCUCUGUUGAACAUCAUUUGGCUUUUCCUCCUUUGUUCUCCCUCUCAGAUUCAAAAUCAUUCAUUCGAGAAGAGCUGGUGAAGUUAAGAACCAGGAAUGUUAAAGUUUUUGUGGUGUUACAGUGUUCUUUAGACUUUGGUUUAGUUCUUUUUGAGAUGGCAAAGGAACUGGGAAUGAUGGGGAAAGAUUAUGUAUGGAUUAUUUCAGACAAUAUGGCAAGUCUUCUCGACUCUGUUGAACCCUCUUUUCUACUGAAUAUGCAAGGUGUAAUUGGUUUUAAGGCAAACGUUAAUGAAAAAACCGAGUCUUUCAGAGAGUUCAACGUUAAGUUCAGGAGAAAGUACAGAUCAGAAUAUCCUGAAGAUGAAGGCUAUCCAAGUCCUAGCUUAUAUGCCCUCAAGGCUUAUGAUGCAACUUGGGCAACUGCUAAGGCCAUGCAGGAAUUAUCCAAAAGCAAUUCAAGUGAACUAGUGAAAAGCAUUUUGUUGAGUGAUUUUGAAGGUUUAAGUGGGAGUGUUAGUUUCAAGAAUGGUAAGUUAUAUCAAAACCAAACCUAUAGGAUCAUUAAUGUGUUUGGCAAAAGCUACAGAGAAGUGUCAUUUUGGUCACCAGAGUUUGGUUUUUCUGAGGUUCUUGCUGAAUACAAUGGGGUGAAGCUGAAAACUGGCAACGGUAUACAAGGGGAUUUGGGGUCAAUUUUGUGGCCUGGAGGUACGCAAACUGUUCCAAAAGGGUGGACAAUAGGUGGCCAAGGAAAACCACUUAAGAUUGGGGUGCCUGCUAGGGGUGCAUUUAAUCAGUUUGUAUCAGUUAAUUUUAACCAAGAGAGGAAUAAGACUACGAUUGGUGGAUUUUCAGUUCAUGUUUUUGAAGUAGUAGUGAAGCAACUUCCUUAUCAUCUGCCGUAUGUUCUUGUUCCCUUCAAUGGUACUUAUGAUGAAAUGGUGAUAGGAGUUUCUAACAAGAGUCUGGAUGCAGCGGUAGGUGAUACCGAUAUAUUGGCUGAUCGCUAUGCAUAUGCAGAAUUUUCCCAGCCCUAUAUUGACUCUGGACUUGUCAUGGUAGUGACCGAAAGACCUAGACUCAAAAUACACCGUUUUAUUGUUAUAAAGGCUUUCGAGUUGAAGUUGUGGAUUCUGCUGGUAGUGAUGAACAUGUCCACAGGGGUUGUCAUCUGGUUGAAUGAGUACGUAAACGGCAACCCGGAUUUCAGUGAUCCUUUCCCCCAGCUUAUUGGAUCCAUGCUUUGGUUCUCUGUCACUUUUCUCUCUUUUUCACAACGAGAAUCAAUCAAAAGCAAUCUAUCGCGACUUGUGCUGGCUACAUGGUUAUGCGUAGUUGUUGUUGUCGCAGCUUGCUUUACUGCAAAACUUUCCUCCAUCAUGACAGUUCCUAGGCUGGAACCUUCUGUACUAAAUGUGGAUUAUCUUAUAAAGACCAAUGCUGCAGUUGGUUGCAAUGGCAAUUCCUUUAUAGUCAAAUAUCUGGUGAAUUUGCAAUUCAAGCCAGAGAAUAUCAAGAAAAUCAGUUCAAUAAGUGAUUACCCUAAAGCUUUUGAGAAGGGAGAAAUUUCUGCUGCUUUCUUAGUAGCUCCGCAUGCCAAAGUUUUCCUAGCAAAGUACUGCAGAGGUUACACCAAAUCAGGACCUGUCUUUAAACUUGCUGGUUUCGGUUUUGUUUUUCCAAAGGGUUCUCCUUUAGCAAUUGAUAUCUCAGAAGCUGUUCUUAAAGUCUCACAGAGUGGAGAGAUAAAUCAACUCGAAGAACAAAUGCUCAUUUCUUCAAACUGCUCUUCUCCAUCAGCUGAGGAUCAGGGUCCUGGAUUAGGACCAGAGUUGUUCUCAGGUCCGUUACUGAUUUCAGGUGUUAUAUGUGGAACUGUAUUUCUGAUCUCAGUCGCUCGUUUAGUCAGAAAACACCGGCAAUAUUUAAGCUCUAUGAUUGCAAAUAAUGCAAAAAGAGUUCUUAGAUGGGCUUCUGUGGUUGUAACUCAAUGCUAUACAAGAAUAGUAAGACCAAGAUCAGUUAGAGAUUGCAACGCAGUGAUUGACCAAAGACCAAAUAAUCAACAGAAUGGUGAAAUUACAGAGGUAUUAUGACGGGCCAAAAGCUGGCAAGUCAUGGACAGCAAGUUUCUCUUAUCUAAUAUUCUAAUGUGCUCUUGUAAAUAUAUUAUUUUCUUCCAUUCUCAAUAUCAACAGAAAAUCUUUGUGCAAGUUAAUAUGAGUUUAUAAAUUUUUGGAGCUGUUGAUUCUUAGUUUUUUUGGUGAUUAACAAAUGAUAUGUUUGUGUAUGAUUCGAGUCCAA